CUUCCCAUUAUUCUCUGCGCGGGAAGAUGGCGGACGCGGGAAGGAAAAAAUAUCCAGAUUUGCGGUACAAGUUUAUCCGCGGGCUGAUCCACCACGAGCGUAACCAGCGCAGGGCACACUACCUGAAGUCUGCGGCGGAGUGGACGUCCCGCGCGAUCGUCUCCCUGGAGCUGGAGGAGAAACCUGUCAAGUCUGUCAAACAGGCCACCAAGCUGGAGGGGAUUGGAGGUGUCCUGGCUGAGAAACUGAAGACAUUUGAGGCAGCACCGGGCAUUUUAACCGACCCCCCUCCAGAUGGUACAUUCCUGAGUUCUGCUCCUGCUCUGCUGGUGGCCAUGCUCAAUGCCAAGGAGGAACUCAUAAAUGAAGGUGACAAGCAGUUGUUGGUCCCAGAGCCCAUGUUGAAAGUCAAGGCCCAGGCCAUCACACAGGAGACAUUCCUACAGUCCACACAACACAUUGUAGAGGGGAAAGAAGGAAACACAGGGUUGUGUAUGGCAUGGUGGAGACUACAUGUACUGAUCCAGAGACUCUACAUCAAGAAGAGGACCCUAAAAAAACAACCUGUGUAUGAACUGCUGCCAGCAGGAGAGGAGGUGGCACACAGGCUGCGAGGCACCAAACCAGGAGAGGCAAUCCAAGGUCAAGUAGUGGAGAAAGCAAGAUCCAGAUCCUCUUCCUCAGCUAAACCACAGCCAGAGAAUUCAGCACAUGUUCCAGUUGAGGAAGACAGGGCACUCUACACCAAUGACAAUGGAUCUGAUGGUAUUGUCCUGCUGGUAGAUGUGAGGGAGUGGGGAGGAGACAGAGUCAAGUUGGGGGAGCUGCAUCGUUACCUGUGCCGGUUGGGUGUCCGACAUCGCACGGCAUCACUACAGUGUGGGGACUACAGCUGGGUGUGGAAAUGUGCAGGAGAGGAGCAUGUAUUACCUGUGCUAGUGGAGAGGAAAAGGGCAGAUGACCUGGCCUGGAGCCUGAAGGACGGCCGUUACUUCACCCAGAAGGAGAAGAUGCUGGAGUUCAGGCGGAGGUUCAGUCCUUACAGCCUCCACUGCAGUCUGAAGUACGUCCUGGAGUGCACACCUGAGCAGUACAUGGUUAGGUGUGCCGACGGAUGCAGGGGUGUGGCCAGGUGUGGCAAUCCCACAGUGGAACAGCUCAACAAUGUGUUAGAAGAACUGGAUGACAGUGAUGAAUUUGACCUGGUGAGAACUGAGAACAUCGAGGGCACAGUGGAGUUCCUGGCUACAGUCACAGUCGAGCUUCAGCAGAGGUUGGACUCCGGUGAUUUCGAUACCUUAGCAGUCGGCAGUCACGUUGAAGAACAGAAGAGUGUGAUCACAAAGAAAGGAUCUAAUCUACAAGGAAAGGUUACGUCAAGGAUUGAAACCAGUCCAGACAGAAGUGGUAUCGAAAUUGCCACAACAAAGUACCCCUCCAUGCCAUCACCUGACACCAGUCCUGUACGUCCACUCACCACAGACUCCCCGCAAAAGUCUCUGCUAUGGAACACGGCCAAGACUUCGCCCUUCAAGGACGCAGCAGAGUUCAAGUCAAAGGUCAGGGGUUAUGGCUCGUCCCCUUCCCCUGAGAAAACAAUGAAGGACUUCUUCCCUGUGUCGCCUGCUAAGAGAGGUCAGGGGUCAGAGGGGAAAGGUAACAGUUGCAGGAAGAGUCUGAAUUCAUCCCUGGUAAAGAGGACGGAGGAGAAACCACUCCUUAGUCCUGGUAGAAAGCGCGCAGCUGUGAAAAUGCCAGACUUCGGAGAGAAUAGCCCGCUCCCCAAAGUACAGGCAAUGUACGACCCUGCGGAGUACACAAGAAAUCGCUACAGAGGUGACUUUGAAGAAACAUCCCUUGAAGAUUUGGACGAGGAUUCUCAAGAAGUUGAGAGUGAGGAGAAGAAGAACUUUCCCACACAAAACUCGACAAUUGACAAUAAACCAACACCAAAAACAAACUUCAUGUACAAAAGAAGACUAGACUCUGGGUUCGAAGACAGCAUUGACAAGAGAUGCCACUCUGACAUGGACGGUGCAGUUUCAAAGGCCACUAGUUCAGGUUUAAACAGAAAGAGACCAAUGGCAAGUUGCAGUAGUGUGUUUGCAUGUGACAGUGACUCUGACAACGAACUACCAGACAUAACAGAUAAUCACCUCACAUCAUCAAAACCAUCCCCUCGAAAACAAAUAAAAAGGGAGAACACUGCAAAGGAUCUUAUUCCAAACACUUUUAAAAAGAAGUCAGGCUUAGCAGAUACAGACAACAGAUUUGAUGGCUAUAGACAAGGGAAAGGCUCAAUGACUUCAAAUGCUACAAGGAAAGAUCUAGAUACAGCAAGCAAGACCAGGGCGUCUGCAACAGGCAUAUACACACAAGAAAAUGAGUUAGAAACCGUUUCUUUGCUCGACGACUCACAAGAAACGAAAGAUUCAGAUGAAGAUUACGACUUGAACCUUUGGUCAAUGAGUGCCCAGAAACAGGAGAAUUCUGAAGAAAAGUCAAGUUCAGCAUACAAGUCUAAUACAUAUAUACCGAACACUACAGACACACUCAGGACGAAAUCUAUACAACAAGACAGUAUGAGAAAUUCUUACACCAAACUUGGGCCUUCACUUGGAAACUCUGCAGAACCAAGCACAAGUGGCAGUGCACAGCCAAACAAAACAGAUACGUUUCCAACUUCUAGUCAAGAACUUGAAACCAUAUCUUUACUCGAUGAUUCCCAAGAAACAAGGCAUUCAGAUGAUGAUGACCUUGAGCAAGAAACCUGGCCAAGACCGACAGAUACGGGUUCUACACGGGAAGGAACUGUAAAGACUGAAACCGCUGAUAAGAAGUGGAGUGAGAAAGUGCAGCUAGUGAGAGCUGUCCUGCCACAGACUGAAGUUGGUACUGUACUGAUGAUGCUUCAGAACAAUGAUGGGAAUGUGGAGGCAGUUGUGUCGGCAUUGUUAGAUCAGGAAGUCGGAUAACUAGUGCCACUAAAUGUCAAUAGCUAUACAUGAGAUACAUGUAUAAUUAUCAAAUUCCUUGUGUGUGUUCAACAGGAAUAGUAUGCUGGAUUUCCUUCCAAGUUACUAGGGUUAACAUCCCAAGCUAGGUUAUUUAUCACAAGAAGUGGUAUCAUGACAUUUCACCGCCAUCUUAGACAUUCCACAGUCACGUUUGUAGCUAAAUUUCUGUUGGUAGGAUUAUCAUUAAGAUAAGAAUAAGGUUAGGAUUAUGGUUAGGGAGUUCCUC